UCCGCCGCCGCACGUGACCAGCGCCACCACCGCCCGUCUCUGGCAGAAAAUUCUUAUAUUCGAAACUGAAGCCCUAGCAAAUUUCAGAUGUCGGACACUAUCCUUACCUCGGAGACAUCUUCCAGAUCUUCGGAUUUCAUCUCCAACUCCCGCAUAAUCUGCCGCGUAUGCGAAAAGCAAUUUUCCCAGUAUAGAUGUCCUCGAUGCAAUAUUCACUAUUGUUCUCUGCAUUGCUAUAAGUCUCAUAGUCUUCGUUGUACUGAGUCUUUUAUGAGAGACAAUGUCAUGGGAGAACUGCAACAAACACAACCUGAUGAAGAAAGUAAAUCGAAAAUGCUGGACAUACUUAAACGGUUCCAUGAGCAAGAGGAGAUAGAUAGCUUGGAUGAAGAGGAGCUGGAUUCAUCUUUGUCAGAGGAAACAAUUCAAAAGAUUAUUUCUGGUGAGCAGUUAAAUUUUGACGAUUUAUCCACCGAAGAAAAGAAACAUUUCCAGAGGGCCAUUAUCUCAGGAGAGCUCAGCAAAUUAAUCGAACCGUGGGACCCAUGGUGGUUGAAACCUUCAGCCAAAAACAUAUCACUCACCUCAGACGGAACUCAACGCAUCCAAAGAAUCGUGAAAGAAUAUUCCGUGGAAUCAGAAAACGACGCAGACAGCGACGAACUGCAUGAAGUCCCAGCUGGACCCACAACCCCGUUACAUCCAGUUAACAAACUCGUCUCAUCCGAUCCAUCUCCACUACUAGCAUUCCACCUCGUCGAUAUCAUCUACAGCUAUUGCUUCACUCUUCGCCUAUAUAACGGGGACUGGAAAACGGACCCCGUGGAAUCAUCAAUAACGGUGCUGACUGUAUCUUCUGUUCUGGGCCAAGGUGAACGGCUUACCGAAACGGUGUUGGAAGCUUUAUCACAUUGCUUGGAACAAACGUGCUCCCCAGAGUACAAGCACGCAGGCGGUUUGCAGUUUGGGUUGAGGCUAAUGGAUGAUGUGGUUCAUUUACUUAGUCUGGAAGGCAAUGCUUUGGUCUGUCUACUGUGUGAUUUGCAGAAGAUGAUUCAGAGCGGCGAGCGAGGGCUAAAAUCGGAAAAAAUGAGAAAGUCGAAAAGGGCGGAGUUGAAGGGGAAGCUGAAAUCGGUUGACCGGAAAGUUUACUUCAUGAUGUGUUGGGUGCACGAGCAGCCGUUGGAGGCAUGGGCUUCGUUGGCGAGGAUUGUCGAUAUUGAGAAGCGUACAGCCAUGGAAUAUGCAGAUGCUAAAAGAAGUGAUGCGAGAGUGGUGGAGAAAAAGGAAAGAGGUAAGCCUUUGAUUAAGGAGAUCCAGUGAUUUUCUUUUUUGAAGCACUAUUUCCAAUUAGCUAGAGGGAGCUCUCUAAAUGACAAAGGUGUAAGAACAGAAAUACUUUCGCUCUGGACUUGUAUAUAUUUUUUUGUUCAACUUGUACCGCUGACUAUUUUAUCUCAAUUAUUUACUGUUGUGUAAUUUUGGAAGAAUAAUUUGAAGGAAUAUUAUCACUACGCUCUGACUUGUUUAGUGGAUCUA